AUGCUGAAACACCUGUUUGCUGAGCUGAUUCAGUGCGCCGGCUCCUCUGCCAUCUACAGCUACAUUGCGCUGGUCGUGGUUGGAGUUGUCACAACCCUCUUCUACAUGAGAAACCGCCUUCGACCAUCCCUCGGCGGCACAGAAGCCAUCAACUGCUCCGCAAAUGCUGCCAAUGUCGUGAGCGUCAACUACCACUUUACGCGCCAGUGCAACUACUCUUGCAAAUUUUGCUUCCACACAGCAAAGACCUCUCAUCUCGUGCCGAUUGAAGAGGCAUGUCGCGGCAUGAAGCUUCUCAAGGAGGCCGGCAUGCGCAAGAUCAACUUUAGUGGCGGCGAGCCGUUCCUCAUCCGGCGCGGCAAGCAGGUUGGUCAGAUGGUCCGGUACGCCAAGGAAACGCUCCAGCUUGAAUCGGUCACAAUCGUCACGAACGGCAGUCUCGUGACUGAAGAAUGGUUUGAGCAGUACGGACAGUGGCUGGACAUUAUGGCCAUCAGCUGCGACUCGUUCGACGAAGGCACCAACGAGCUCAUCGGUCGUACAGCCGCCAACGCCGCCGCCAGACAGGUGGAAGUCGCCUACCGCGUCCAAGAGCUCUGUGGACGAUUUGGCGUCAAAUUCAAGCUCAACACCGUGGUCAACACCCACAACGUGAAUGAGGACAUGACCGAGCACAUUGCGCGCCUGCAGCCUGCGAGAUGGAAGGUUUUCCAAUGCUUGCUGAUCGAUGGUGAAAAUGCAGGAGGCCAGGACCUUCGAGAUGCUCGAGCCCUUGUCAUAACGGACGACCAGUUUGCGGCAUUCCUAGCAAGGCACAAGGCCCUGUCGCCGAUCGCCGAGAGCAACUCGGUGAUGCGCAACUCGUACGUGAUUGUCGACGAGUACUUUCGCUUUUUGAACAAUGUCAAUGGCUCCAAGGAGCCGUCGAUGAGCAUUCUUGACAAGGGUGUCCAAGGCGCUUGGGGGAAGACCGUCUUUGAUCAGGCGGGUUUCGUUGAACGCAGCGGCGAGUACGAAUGGACCAGACUGGCCGAGAAGAAUAGCACCGGCACCAGCACCAGCACCAGCACCCUUGCUCGCAUUCCUGACACCAACGUAGUUCUACGAGCUGUCAAGGAGCUCAGCGACUAAAAGGCUCAUCGAAAAGUGAACAUGUACAAUUCCAACUGAAUGUAAAAUACUGCAAUCCAAUAAAAGUUGUA